AUGAGGCGUAGCCAUGACAGUCCUAUGGACCCUCCAUCUCUGCACGUGGAUAUUUCUGCUCCUAACGCUAACCCAAGCCUUAAAAAUCAGAUAUGUGCGCCUGAACAUGUUGUCUGGUGUUGGGUGACUGAUCUGAAGCAGAAGAAUCUCGUACGAGGACAAGCUUGCACAAUGAUGCAUUAUGCUUGGUCGAUAGACUCCAACGUCUUCCGUACCACCUACAGAAAUGGGUCCCAGUACCGGAUAUCCGUUCCCGAGAAAUAUGUCGCCUUCAUGGGGGAUCUCGCUAUAACGUACAGCGUCCCCAUCAAUGUGUCCAUGCCCAAUGCCUUCAUACGGGUACUAGCCUAUACCGGCAGAGGACGACGGGAAAUCACUACCAUCAAGCUCACCGUAGGCCAGUCGACCGGAAGUGGACGUGUCACGUGCGGAUUAAUAGAAGUUGCCGGUCGCCAUCUUUUGGAAAUGUAUAUGUAUCUAGACGGUCCGUUAUUAACAUCCAAAGAAUUCACCGUGAGAUGGCCAGAAUUUCAUUUAUACCUUCCUAAAAGACAUUUAGCUCAGACCACAGAAGUGAAACUUCAUUACACAUCGGAAGCUAGGUGUGGUCCGCUGUUGCAGCAGUAUUCGUUUCAGAUAGAUUUGGAAUAUAGAUCUGUAAGCCAAUUCGAUCCAUCUUAUUACAAUACGAAGCCAACAGUGCUUCAUUCGGAACCUGUACUCGAUAUUUCCCGGGCAAUAACAAAUAUAUCAUAUACUUGUGAUAAAUUUGACUUCAAAGGCAGCUACAGAGCAUUCUUACGCAACAGCUACAACAAAAACGAGACGGUUGCUAGGAGCAACGUGAUGGACGUCAAGUGGAGUGACGUAUAUGACGUUCGGAUAUCCUCGUCUAGUGUUCACCCGUGCCAGGGUCAUCUUGCGGUGUUGUAUGAACACCCGCAGUGCGCGGGAUCACACGAUAAAAUCCGGAUGUACGUUUUACGUCGUGACAUAUCCGGGUCACUAGCAGCCCCUUUAAAGAGGGUUUACGUCACAGAGAGACACGCACACCCCGAUAAGACGUAUGUCGUUUUUAAGUGCAAUUUAUUUCCAAUGGAUUACACAGCAGUGGGAUUUUGCUUCGUCUACGUCACUAUAUCAAAAACCAACCUUGUUGUGGAGCAGCACAGCUCCUGUGUGUCGGCCCAUGAGGGAGCAGUUCUGCCGACAGAUGGCGGUUGGAGCGAGUGGGGUGCCUGGAGCACGUGUUCGGUGACGUGUGACAUGGGGAAACGAAGCCGGUACCGGUCGUGUAGCAAUCCUGCCCCGGCUUACGGAGGGCAGUUCUGUGAUGACUUUCCCGUCCAGUUCGAACCCUGCUUCUCUCUGUGUCCUGAUGCCAUACCUCAUACACCAUUACACUCCCCGACGUAUAAUCAGGAGUGCGCAUGCGGCUGCGAAAUCAAGAAACAACGAGGGGAGAUAAUCGGGACCGGACGAUGUGACGGAUUGUCGUUAUGGCUACUGACAGUAGAAGAUGACCAGAACAUCAAACUUAGUUUUCAGUAUUUCAAGUUAUACGAGGAUAGACAAUGGAUUAAGAUAAGAGAUGGUGAUAGUGUGGACGCAAAUCUAUUGGCAGUCAGCUUCGGAGGUAUCAUUGUGACGGAAGUGACGUCAUCAUCUAAUAAAAUGUUGAUUGAAUUUAUGAGCAAGACUGAUAUUAACCCCAAUGCAUCAGACGUCUAUCAUUCAUCAUCCAAGACAAAUUCAUCGUCCGCAUCAUCUACCAGGCUGUUCCAGCGUGUUCCUACCCGGAAAAUUCACGUGCAUGGCUUUAUUGCCAACUUCAGUUCCAUACCUCGAAACUUCAGUACUGUGCUGACAGCCGUCCCGCUCCAGACUUUGCCGUCAGAGGGCAGCAUAUGGAAAAGUACUGUAACCAUCGUUGGGAUUUGCCUGUGUGCUGUUAUCGUUAUGGUGGCUGUGGUUGUUGCCUUCCAUCAUAAGUGUGUCCGUAAGAGGGAACACAAAUAUUCUAUUGCUGGAACGAUGGAAAGCCCCAACCACAUGGCAAAAAGUACCAGCAUGCACAGUACGCCGAGUCAUCACAGUGCUUUAAGUGGCAUUGAAAUAGACUAUGACAUGGAGCGCCCUCUUACGGGACAAAGUAAACAGAAAUCAAGGGCAUCAUCCAUAUCCAGCAUACGUAGCAACGGUCGUGGUAACAGUAACAGGAAGCGUCUGAGGAGUAAAUCCGAUCACGAUUCGACGGGAGGAAGUCCUAAACCCCCAUCUAAGCAUUAUUCACCUCUCCCUAGUCCUCUGAUACAGGCAGCAAAGAACGAGGAAGGAGACGAGAAAAACAGUCUUUUCAAUACUAGUCCUAUAUUAGGCCGUCGGCCAAAAUCACCUAAAGUACAUCCUUCAUCUAAAUUUAAAAACAACAGAGACGUGAAAAGUCCGUUAUCUCCGCCAUUGACAAAACAUGAAAUGUUGAAGCGAAAACGUUUUGACAGUGAGCAGAGUCAGGAUAAAACUCCCACUAACGGGUUCAUGGAAAGAACUCGGGGGAUGGACAGUCUAACUGCAACUCCUUUGUCCACAGGCUCCGCAACUCCUACUACCAAAGUGCUAUGUGCCGAGGUACAUCCCGUCCAGCGAGAGAGUCCUCAGUUUACUCAGCUCGAGUUCUUGGAUAAACCUAAGCCAGAGGAAGUCCGAAAACCCGGGUCGGGAACAUCUGACGACUCACAGAGUCCGGAAAAUCUGUGCAAAGAGCAAACGACGUCCUUUAUAAACAAACCAGAUUUUAUGAGAAGAAAUCCCGACAGCUCAAAAGAAAAACCUCGGCGACCCACCUCAUUGACGGAGAGUUAUAGUAUGAAUGCUCUUCCACCUCUUAACGGUUCUGACAAGAAAAGCACCGGAAGUAAUACCUCUCAAAAAAUAGUGGCCCCUAUGGAUAGGCAUAAUGAUUUACCGAAACCGGACGGUCAAAGUCCGAAAACUCCACGAGAAAUAUGUUCUAAAUCUUCCACUCCAAAGAGUUGUCGAAGUUCUCGAAGUAGACUGACCUUGUCUCCAUCUCGUAGCGCCACGACGCCAUCUGACGGCAACUUGGAGAUGGAGUACGACGACUUCAUAGACUAUGAUGACACAUAUUCAUACUUUGAUCCAAUAGAGACGGAAAAACUUCAGUGGCGGGGGAAGGAAAAACUCAGCAAGAUUGUUAGUGCGGAGGAUGAUUAA